AUCGUGUGAAUAAAGAUCAUUUAUAAAGUUAAUCUCCCAGCUUGUCUGUAAACCUCGCCAGGAGGACCAGAGGAGCUGCAGACUCCUCUGAGAUGUGAAGAACUUCAGACAGUGAAGAUGACCUGCUGUCCUCCUCUGUGUCCAGAGAAGAAGAAGAAGCCGUGCUGCCAGGUUGACCAGCAGAGCCUAUAUCGCCCUCUUGUGGUUUGAAAGGGACCGCGCUCCGACUUAUUUGGACCUUUCAGAGGAUUUCUGUUCUGAGAAAGGGACUGAUUAAUUUCUGCUCGGGUCAAGAGAGUCAGGUCGCCUUAGCUUAAUUAUAUCUGGUGCUCAGCUUGGCGUACCAGUUCUGCUGUGUGGAUCAGAACCGCAGCGGUCUUUACAGACCUUGUCUGAUCCAACCACAUCCACCAGCAAACCCUGGAGACUUGAAGGGAGCUAAAGCUGUUAUGGUUCUAUUAGGUCAGAACAGGUUCUGUCCCAUCUGCGCCUCCUUUACUUUCUGCGUACAGCCGAACCGGAAAACAGCUGAAACCUGAACGGAGUCUGGUGGAGGGGGGUGUAUGACCUUUGGCCCGGAACUGCUCCGGACUCAGCUCAGGACUCGGUUCUGGUUGAUCAUCAGAACAGAGACACUGCGACAGACCCGGAGCGAUGCAGACCGAACCAGCUCCACAGGAUGCAGCUGAUGGACUCUGCAGCAUACAGAUCAAACCAGAACCAGGCGACGAUGUGGAGAUCCAGUCAUUUCCACUUCUAAAGAAGCUGUCCAUCAAACUCACUGACUGCAGGGCGUGGCUGGAGGGGCGGGACUUCCUCUCUCUGGAUGAUCAUCCUCAGCUCUGUCAGCCAGGGCUGCAACAUACCACCAACAGUGGCAGGAAGAUGGAGUACUGCCCCGUGUGUGAGAGAGGGUUCUAUAAGCAGUCCCACCUGGAGGCCCACCUGUGGACUCAUCGAGGACAGAAGCCCAAUGAGUGCUGGCAGUGUGGAAAGACCUACCCGACCCUGAUGAGUCUGGUUCUGCACCAGCAGGUCCAUGGCCGCAGUGAGCCGUACCACUGCUCCUACUGUGACCGGACCUUUGCCCUGAAGAGAGACUGGAAGACACACCACCGCACCCACUCAGGGACCAAACCCUUUAAGUGCUGGUUUUGUGGGGACGGCUUCAAUGAGCAGAACCAGCUUGAUGAGCACUUGGACGUCCACAAGGGGGAGAGGUCCUACCACUGCAAGGUCUGCGACAAAAUGUUUGUGUCUUACCAGGGCUUCAACUUCCAUCGCAAGUCACACAAAAACUCCAAGCGACUGCCUUGCCUUAAGUGCUGCAAGACCUUUAGCAACCCUCAGAGCCUGAAGGUCCACCAAGCAACCCACUCUAAUAGGAAGCCACACACCUGUCCCACCUGCGGAAAAGGCUUCAAGCUGCAUGGAGGCCUGCGCAGCCACCAGCGCAUCCAUGAAGACCUAAAGGAGUACCGCUGCUCUGAAUGCAGCAAAUGUUUCUCCAGCCUGCAGGGCCUAAAGCUCCAUGAUCGCACCCACACAGGCCUCAAGCCCUACAAGUGCUCAGAGUGCGGCAAGAGGUUCACACAGGCGCCUCACCUCAAGUCGCACAUGGUCACCCACACCGGCGAGCGGCCCUUCCUUUGUACCACUUGCGGCAAGAGGUUCACCCAGUCAUCCCAUCUAAAGUCCCACAUCAAGCUGUUCCACCUGGGUGAGAAGCCGUUCAGCUGCGACGACUGUGGAAAGAGCUUCACCAUCGCACACUACCUGAAGAUGCACCGGCUCAGCCACACCAAGGAGAAGCACUACCAGUGUUCGUACUGCGAUAAGGCCUUCUCCUACCACAACUCAUGGAGAGCACAUGAGAGGAUCCACACCGGCGAGCGGCCCUUUAGUUGCAGAGACUGCGGUCGGACCUUUAUCACAUCAGGCUCGCUGCUGACCCACCAGAGGGCCAUACACACAGGUGAGAAGAACCACUACUGCGUCACCUGUGGCGAGUUCUUCUUCACCAGCUCCCUGCUGCGCAUACACCAGCUGGACCACACCGGUGAGCGCCCACAUGCCUGCAGCUGUGGCAAGAGCUUCAAGACCAAAGGAGUUCUGCGUUUCCACCUAAAGAGGUUCACGGAGCACCGGCCGGCCCAGUGAGCAGGCUGGGAAAGAGAUGAGCACAGCACCUCCAGAAACAUCCCUACCUGCUGGUUACCAAAAAUCCUGCACGCUGUAGCUGUUUUCUCUCCGCUGUUUAUUUAAAUCACUCCUCCCAGGAUGGACUGUACCAGGGCAUCAGCCAGCAGCAGCUGGGUCAGAAGUUUCUGCUGCUUUUACUGAAACUGGGCUGAAACUUUUAGCUCCUAAUAGAGAGACAGAAUUCAGCGUCGGAGUGAUGCCUCUUCAGCUCAGAGACGGUCUUUGUUCCCAGGCCGUGUCGGUGUCUUCUCCAGCUCCUUUACUGUCUGUAAAAUGGCAGGAUCCAUGUUCAUAUUAACACGUUUAGCUUUUAUAACCCUGUUUAAAUGAACUCCCAUUGAUCAGACAUUUGGGCCAGAAUUUGCUGCUAAUAAAAUCAGAUAAAAAAAUGUUGAAUGUUAAAAACCCAUUCUCUUGAAUUUUUAGGCUGUGUUUUGGGUCCAUGAAGCCAAGUGAUCACUGUCUGAACCUUUUCUGUCCUCCAGAUCCAGAGAGAAGCAUCUAAAUCUGCAGCUGAGGUCACAUGGGGUCACAGGUCUGAUCAGCUGACUGAAUACCUCACUCUGAAUUGGUUUACUUUGCACCUCUGACACUGAACAUGAACACCAUGUUUCCUCUGCAGAAUGUUUGGUUCUGGACCUGCAGCUUGUUGGUAGAGCCCGUCCCUCAGCUUUAAAAACCUCAGACUUGAAAAUGAAACAUGUUUCCAUGCAAAUACAGGACCACCUGACACUAACUCCAGACUUCUGACUUUCACAGAACCAGGUCAAUUAAAGCUGUUUCUUCACAUUAAAAGCAUUCUGGACCAGAGUCGGUUCUGCCCCUGUUCUUCCACCUCUUUAUGAAUAUACACCUUGAAACUGAUUAAUUAAACCAGUUGUGAACCAAAAUAAAACUCUGCUUUAGCCUCC